UUUGUGUUAUAAUUUUUGAAAAAUAUUUAUUUAAUAUUAUGUGUUUGAUUGUUUAGUAAAUCUAAUAUUUAAUGAGAGCAGUUAACAAUGUAGGGUAAUGCAAUUGUUUUAAUUGUAUGUGAUAUAAAAUUGAAUUGUAGUAGAGUAUAUAGUAAUACUUAGUAAGGUUUAUACAAUGAUUAUAUUGUGAGAUAUCAAACAUAAAUGAUGGGUUUCUCUUAUGAGAAGCGUCCAUUAAAAAGGCCACGUCUUGGUCCACCUGAUGUUUAUCCUCAAGAAGCUAAACAAAAAGAGGAUGAAUUGACUACAGUUAAUGUAAAGCACGGAUUCACAACAUCCUUGACCAUAUCAGAUGAACAUCAGCAUGGAACAGCUCGUAAUUAUAAUAUUACAGCAUCAAAGAUUGGAGCGUUCUUCAAUGCAAUUAUUAAUAAAAAGGAAGAACUUAACACACUAAUAGAUACCGGACGAAAAAGGUUACAAAUAAAUCCUAAAGACAAUUUUUGGCCAGCUACUGCUCGUUCAAAAACUACUGUUGAAGCAUGGUUUAAAGAUUUAGCUGGAUUUAAACCAUUAAACAUUCUGUCAAAAAAGGCUCCCAAUUUUAACAAAAAAGAAGAAAUAUUUAUGUUGCUCUGUGAAUAUAAUGUUCCACUAAUUCGUGCUACAUGGUUUAUAAAAUUAAGUUCCGCCUAUACUGUUGCUGUGUCUGAAGCAAAGAUAAAAUCUAAACGUCAACUCCCUGAUCCUACACUUGAAUGGACAAGUACAUUACUUAAAUUUACAAAAGAACAACUAACUAAACUUCAAGAUUAUUAUCAGAACGCUAAUAUGUCUAUGAGUUCAUCACAUUAUUUGUCUAUGAGUGAAGAGCAAAAAGUUUCUCUUAAACAAUGGAAUUAUUGCACUAGUCUAAUUAAGUAUAUGUAUCAGGAAGGAUUAUUAGAACGACAAGAAGUUCUCCAAUGGAUUUUAGACAUGCUUGAGCGUUAUAAAUCAUCAUCUAAUAGUGAAGAUGGUUUAUUAAAAGUACUAAGUCCUUUAGCUUUACAGUAUUGUUCAGAAUUUUGUCAAUCAGAACUUUUAAGUCGAAAAUUAGUUUACUUUUGUUCUCGUAAAUUAAAUACUAUAUGUAACUCAGUAAUGGAUUUAAAUCCACCGCAAAGUCCUACUUCUAAAGGAGCUUCAAAUAAUAGUGUCCCAAGCAAUACUUCUAGUGCUACUAAUGCUGCAUCAACCUUGAAUGAUAUGAUGAAUUGCCCUCAUCAUAGAGAUAUUUUACUUCCUCUUAGCUGUAUAAUUCAAAUUAUUUUGUUAGAAUGUCCAACUUCUUUAACUUGGAAUCAUUUAGGAGGUGGUAAACUACCCUCAAUUUUAAAUGGAUCACCUUUAGAUUAUCUUCCUUGUUCGCCCGUAGUUUUACCAAUGCCACAAAGAACAAAUAAUGUUUUGUUAAGGAGACAACUUAAACAAGCAGAAGAAAUUGUUAAAAUUAGAAGUCAAGCUGCUGAGGGUAGAUGGUGUUUAGAUAAAUUCCAUAAAUCAUCAAUUGGUGCAAAAACAAUAAAAAUUUUAAAUGUUUUGGAUGCAUUAGACCGUCAUAGUUUUGAACGAAUUGAUCAAAACAAUUCACUAGAUACAUUGUAUAAUAAAAUUUUUUUACCACCAAAUUCUAAAGAUAGCUCUAAUCCACUAAUUUCUGUUGGAAAUAUUUCUGUGUCUACGGAAAAUGAAACUUCAAAAGAUAAUCGAUCAGAAUAUAAUAUUGAACAAGAUCAGAUUGUUGUGAAAGUUUUAUGUGAGUGGGCUCUAAGUUGUUUAAGGCGAGGUGAACACCGUGGAAUGGCAGUUGCUAGAUUAUUAGAUAAACGUCAAGCUGAAAUUACUGGUCGGGAAAGUGAUUCUUCUGUUGAAGUUGUACCUGGCGGCCCCAGUGAAGAUAAAGAUUCAAUUGUUUCUACACCAGCUACUCUUCCACUUUUUCAACCACUUUUAAUGAACUUUCUUGAUCAUGAUGCUCCAGUACUUGAAAAUACAAGUACCAGCCGUACAACAUUUACAAAUUUAGUACAUUUAUUUACUGAACUGAUACGAAACGAUGUGUUUUCACAUGAUGCAUAUAUGUGCACUUUAAUAUCAAGAGGAGAUUUACAAUCAACGAAUAAUAUUGGGUUAUGUCAACCAGGAAGUAAUAAACCAGCUGAUACACCUUCAGGUGCUGGACCAUCUCAAACAUCAACUCAUAUGGAUGAUGAUAAUCUUUUUGAUUUAAAACCUAAUGUUCCAGAACACCAUAAUCGACAUAUGGAUUAUGAUGAUAGUAAAAUAGAUGAUGAUCUUGAUAAGUUGCUUCAGCAUAUUAAAGAAGAACAACAAAAUUCAAUGGAUGCACCAGAUUCUCCAAAAGUUGAACCAUUUGCUGGUUCUUCUAUUGGAGGAUUAGAAUCAAAUGAUCCAUCUACUAACACUAAUGAUAAUAUUUAUAAAUGCCGACCAUCUCGACACUUAUUAUAUGCAACACAUUUUCCUUUACCAUUGGAUGAAGAAACAACUAGUCAUGAUUGUAAUCAAAGACAUGUUUUGUUAUAUGGCUUUGGUAAAAUGCGAGAUGAUGCUAGGCACACUAUUAAACGUAUUAGUAAAGACAUUUGUAAAUUAUUUAGUAAAAAGUUUAGCAUUGAUAUUGCGGAAGGUGGGAAAGUAAAAAAACAUUCAAGAAAUGAAUUCAAUUUUGAAGCUACUACUUCCCGUGUACAAAAUUUAUCAUAUUUUGAUCAACAUGUUGUUACUUGGCAGUGCAGUCUUAAUGUAUUGGAAGCAAUAAAUGCAUUUGCGACCGGAAAUUCAAACUAUCUUCCGGUUCAAGAACAUGUAGCAUUUUUAUUCGAUCUUAUGGAAUUAGCAUUAAAUGUAAAUACACUUCUAGAUGUCUGUAUUCAGAUUUUAAUGGAUAUACCAGACGUUGAAGCACAAUUAGCAGCUAAAGGAUCAUCUUUAGUACGUAUUUACACUACAUCAUUAGUACUUUAUAUUGUUGGAGUCUUGCGUAGAUAUCAUUGUUGUCUUUUAUUAAAUCAAGAACAAGUUAUUGGUGCUUUUGAAAAUUUGUAUCGUGUUGUCAAACAUGUGUCAAAUCCUGCAGAAUGUUUAAGUGUUGAGCGUUGUGUUCUUUCUCACUUGUAUGACUUAUAUAUAUCAGCUUCACCUCUUUUAAAAGGUCGUUUACCUGGAGCUGAACCUUUUAAUACUUUAUACUUAAAAAUACGACAAGCACUUCAUGCAAAUCUUCAACCAUCUACUAUGACACACGGGAAUUGGAACUCAAGUUAUAUGAAUGAUUUAAUAAUGACCUACAGAAGAGGGUGCAAAAUUGAUCCUGGUUGGCAUAGACAAUUAAAUGAAUCCCAAGGUAACCGAUAUAGUUUAGUAUGUAAUGUUGUAAUUGCUGUUGCGACCGAAACAUCAGAUAUUGAACGGUUAAAUGAUUUGGCUAUACUCAGUGCAGAAUUAACAGCAUCUUGUAGUUCAUUAGCAUCUGAGUGGCUGGGUGUAUUAAUGGCUUUAUGUUGUUCUUCUAAUAAUCCUAUUAUUUUUGGAGAGGUUUUGUCACGUGUUGACAUGAAUGAUAUUACUGUACAUAAUUCAUUAGCAUUAUUUACAUCAAUUCUUGUUGCUCGACAUUGUUUUUCAUUGGAAGACUUUGUAGUACAUGUAGCUUUACCUUCUCUAUUAACAGUCAGUAAUGAAGGACAUGGAGCUGCUGAUACAGAUCCUGAAGCUGAAGCAUCGGCUAGAUUGACUUGUCACUUAUUGUUACGUCUUUUUAAGACUACUGAAGUACCUCAACCUAGUCUUUAUUCAGUUGGCACAUCACCAAAUCCUAUAUCAAAUUCAAAUUCUAGUUGUAGUAUUAAACAAAGCUGUGAUAGACAUUUAUUAGCUGCUGCUCAUAACAAUAUACGAGUUGGCCCCUUAUUAGCUGUAUUAAAAGCUAUUAUUGUAGUUGGUGAUGCAACAGCUCAACGACCAAACCAAUCUAUAAAAAAAUCACCUUCCAGUCAAGUUAGUACACCUGGUGGUACUAGUAAAAUGCCUAGUGAAUUGUCAAUUAGCCAUAUAUUAGGCACAUCAGAUAUUCUUGGAGGUUCAGCUGAUCAUUUACUUAUGGAAUUAGGAGGCUUAGGAAAUGCUGAUACUCAAGCUCCUGGCCUAUCUGAGCUGGCACAAUUUGUAUUAAGAGAAAUAUGCAGUCAAGAAUGGGUGUUAGAACGUUGUCUUCAAAAUCCAGAAGAACUAUGUCAUCAGGAUAUGCUGUUAGAUAGUAUGCUAUCCUCUAAACAGGCACAAAGACUUUUACAUAUGAUAUGUUACCCUGAAACAGCUAGUGGAUCUGACAUAUCUCUAGAUUCAAGGACAAUAAUUACUAAUAUUUUAGAGAAUUCUGAUCAAUGGACUCUUAGAAUGUCUUGGCUGGAAAUGCAACUUAUGUUCAAACAAUUUUCACCUAACUCUCCAGAUUUAAAUCAAUGGCUAGACAUAGUUGCUAAAGCAGCUAUAGAUAUGUUCCAACAUAAUCCUAAUAUUCAGAACAAGAAUGAAAAUAUUAAAAAAACUCAUUCAAUGUGGUUAUUAGCACCUCUUAUUUCUAAAUUACCUUGUGCAGUUCAAGGACGUGUGCUGAAAGUAGCCGGUCAAGUAUUAGAAAGUGGAAAUAUGAUUGGAUUGGGUGGUACAAAUUCUGGAAAUGUUACUCCAAUUACUACUCAUGGUGUUAGUGGUGGUGGUAGUAGUAGUAGGAGUAGCAAUAAAGGUACUCCACCUCAUCCUCGACCAACUCAAAACACUAAUUCCGUACCUCCUCCACCUGCUAUUUUGGCUUAUCAUCAGCCUUUCUUAUCAUUAGUACUUAGCUGUCUUAAAGGACAAGAUGACCAACGAGAAAAUUUGCUUUCCUCUAUACAUAAUCAAUUAUCUCAAUAUUUGGUAUUAUCGAAAGAGGAACGUCUUGGUAUUCAAGAGGGUUGUGCUAGCAAUAAAGAAGUUGAUGCCAUGCAAGACUCACUUGCACUAAGAUUCAGCUUAGUAGGAGGCAUGUUUGAUACAAUUCAGCGAAGUACUGCUUUAACCACUGAUUGGGCAGUUCUUUUAGUUCAACUUGUUACAUAUUCAGUAAUAGACUUGACUAAUAACACGAAAUUAUUCAAUACGGUUAUAGAUAUGUUGGCCACAUUAAUACAUUCUACUCUUGUGUCUGAUUCUCAAACUGAAAAAGGAGAAGAAAAUCGAAAACACUAUCAAAAUUUAAUAAAAAAAUUAAAAAAAGAAGUCGGAGAAAAACACUCUUUGUCAAUUUCACAAGUAAGACAGCUUCUGCCUUUGGGUAAACAGCUGUGUGAGAUAAUUACUUGUGAGCAAAUUGGUACUGAUAUCAAAGGAAACAAGAUUUCAACAGGUUUAGAUUCAAAUGACAAACAAGGUUUAAAAGUGUGUGAUAAACAACGUGUAAGUGCUUGGGAUCUCUUAGAAGGACAUAAAAAUCCUGCUCCUCUUUCAUGGUCAUGGUUUAGUGCUGUGCGUGUGGAACGUAAACCUUUAUGGUAUGAAGAAAACCACAGAAUGUUAAAGUUUCAUACACAUUCAUUAGUGAAGCCUGCUUCAUAUUUCUUAGAACCAUUGCCUUUACCUCCUGAAGAUUUAGAACCUCCUCAAGAGAAACCUUGUCCUUGUGUUUAUUGUAAUCAGAUCAAAGGAGUGGGUUCUGGAAUGAACAUAGGUCCAGGACCAGGACGUCCAGAUACACCGUCUUCUGUACCUGAGUCUCCAGGUAGAGGUAUUAAACGCAAUAUUAAAUCUCAAGGACCACCUAACUCUAGACGGAAGAAACAACAACCUCCUCCUAUGUCGCCCAUGACACCUAAUGCACAAAUGGGUCAAGGUCCUCAAAUGCAUUCCCAAAUGCAGGGUCAGCAUAUGGGCUAUAGUGGUCCAGGUGGUGGUAUGUUUCCCAUGCAGCCCGGUCCAGGACCUGGUCCAGGUCCUGUCCCAGGUCCUACACCUGGGCCAGCUCCAACACAAAAUCCUCAGUGGGGCGGUUAUGGACAACAAGCACCCCAAACUGGUCCUAAUUUUUAUUCUCAGCAAGUGCUUCCUACACCUGUCCAAGGUCCUGGAUCAAGAUUUGAUCGUCCAGGAAAUACUUCUAAACAAGCAUUGAGUCAUAUGCUUCGCAUGCGUUUGCCUACUAAUCAGUAUGCAGGUCAAACAGGACAACAACCAAAUAUAAAUCCCAAUUUCCAACCAAUGACUAGACAGCCAUUUAUAAGAAGAGGACAACAUAAUGUUCCAAUUCAACCUCCUCAGCAAAAUGCUUCACAAAUGUACCCAACACAGCAACCAACACAAAUGUAUUCUAAUAUGCAACAAAGUAUGAAUCAAAACUAUGGAGGAUAUGUUGGACAACAACCUGGAAUGAGACCACCGUAUAUGCAAAAUCAAAAUGUUCCAAUGAAUCCGAUGAGUGGUCCACAGAAUCCAGCACCUCCAUAUUCUCGCCCAGCUGGUCCAAACCAACAAGCACAAAAUUCUCAAUACCAUCAGCAACUAAGUCAACAGCGUAUUCGACAUAUAAUGGCUAUGCAACAACAACAACAGCAGCAACAGCAGCAACAACAACAACAACAGCAGCAACAACAUCACAUGCAAAGGCAAAUGCAAAAUCCCCAACAACAACAACAAGGGCAUCCUUAUGGUUUGCAACCACCACCUUAUUAAUUUGUCUUUGUACAAAUCCACAAAAUGUAUUUAAAUAAGUAUAAGUAAGCAUUGUAUUGUUUAAUUUAUUUUAUUUGACACAUUUUAAAUAUUUAGUAUAGUGAUUUGAAAUACUAAAAGUAUAUGAUUGAAUAAAAUAGUAUUUAUUUAUUUUUU